AUGCAAUUCAUCCAGAUCACCUCUCUCGCCCUCGCCUUGGUUGCAGGAUCCAAUGCACUCGUGUCAAGCAACUCGACGCGUCUCAAUGGCACAAACGUCACGACACCAACACUGCCUCCUGCUCCGGUCUCUGGUUCGACCAUGGUGCAAGUGACUGGCUCUCUCUUUGGCGUCGCUGCUAUGGCUGGUCUCAUGUCGCUCCUCUAG